CCUCUUCUGCAUUGUUUGCACUGUCCAUUUCAAGGUCCCAUCCUUCAGUCUAAGUAUUCAGAAUACAUACACUCUUUAGGUCUGAACAGAAGGGGGCCAUUUCAUUGCACUUCUCUCUCUCUCUUUCACACACAACACACACUCACAGAGAGAGAAAGUGAUACAUAGAUACAGUGUUGAUUAUACACAAAUAUAUAUUACUCUUUACUCAACUGGAAGAUUUAGAAGUAGAAGAAGGGCAGGGAAAGUGGGGUGGGUAUAAAAGGAGGUGAGGUGGUGAAGAUAGAGCAGCACCUGAUACAAAUGCAGCAGCCCAUGAUGGCAGCCUACUAUCCCAACAACGUCACCACUGACCACAUUCAACAGUACUUAGAUGAGAAUAAAUCAUUGAUUCUGAAGAUUGUGGAGAGCCAGAACUCUGGGAAACUCUCCGAGUGUGCUGAGAACCAAGCCAGGUUGCAAAGAAACCUAAUGUAUCUAGCUGCAAUUGCCGAUUCACAACCACAGCCUCCCAGCAUGCAUUCUCAGUACGGUUCGGGUGGGAUGGUGCAGGCGGGGGCGAACUUUCUGCAGCCGCAACAGGCGCAGCAAAUGAUGACACAGUCGCUAAUGGCCGCGCGCUCCUCCAUGAUGUACGGCCAGCAGACGCUGCAGCAGCAGCAGCAGCAGGCGGCGUUGUACAGCCAGCUCGGGAUGGGUUCCGGCGUGGGGACCAGCGGCGGGCUUCACAUACUGCAGAGCGAGGCGGCGGCUCACGGCGGUGGGAGUUUCGGGGAGUUUGAUCGCGCCGCGGCUGGAUUGGGCGCCGCCGGGCUUAAGCCGGAGAUGGGCGGUUCUGAAGCGCGAGGUGGGGGCUCCGCCGUGGAUGGAGGCGAGUCUCUUUACUUGAAAGCUGGCGAUGGUGAACACUGAGACCGGCGAUGUGGCGGGCCGGCCGGGUAGAAGCUAAGGGUGCGUGUUUAGUUUAUUAUGAUGUGUAAUGGAAUGUGUUGUGGUGAACUUUUUGAUCCAAAUGUCAUAUGUUAAGAUAAGGUUUAUGCAGUUGUAGUGUACCAAUGUAAAUGUUUAGGUUAUGUUCAAUAUUUUAUGUGCUUCUUCCUUCA